ACAGAGUUCCAACAGUUCUAGAGUGUCUUUCGUGGAAUACAGAUGAGUAUAAUACUAGCAUACGCGAUUCACAUUUCUUAAUACCGUUUCUUAAUAAUUAAUUAUCUUAAUUAAUUAAUUUUUUAUGUGCUAUUAUUUCACGUUUAAAUACUGUAUGUAAAUGUAAUUAAAUUAAUGUAAUUAUCGAAAAUGAGUCAAGCUAAGAAGCGUACUAGUUUGCAAAAAAGAAGUGCACUGUCAUUCGCUGAUGCGGACGGCACGCUCGACAUUGAUCACGUUUUACAAACCGACGUCUUGAAAGAUGUCGAAAAAUUUGAAGAAACUAUCGCUGGUCAGGUACAAAAUGUAUUGAACGAAUUUCGUGAUAAGCUAGCUCAAACACCAGCAAAUCCGAGCAAAAAAAAACAAAAAACAGAUAAAACCACUGCCGAAAAAAUUCCGAAGCAACCUACAAAAAAACUUGCUGCAAAAUCUGUGACAAAAAAUUCAACAAAAAAUUUACCAGGAACUUCAUCAGCCUCGUCAACUUCAUCAAUUUCGACGAAUAAACAAGAUAAUAUAUCUAAAACUAAGAAAGAAAAAGAAAAAGACGUAUCGAUAAAGCAAAACAUUCCUAAAACAACGAAAAAUCUUACUCUACAAUCCCAACAUGAUACCGAUAAUACGAAGGAAACAGCUAAGAAAUCUUCAAAACCCAAAGACAAAGACAAUACCGUUAAGAAAUCGUUAAGAACGAAACCGUUAAGAACAAAAAAAAAAGAAAACGUGCAAAAUAUAGAAAAUAUAAGUUGUUCAACAAAUAUAACCAAUAAAGUAUCAAUAAAUACACAUAAAAAAGAAUCUUCUAAAGAGCCGGCGACAAAAAAAGAAUUAAGCAAGAAAAAUAUGAAACAAAUGACAGAAGACAAUACCGUUAAUAAAUCAGUCGGAACAAUAACAGAAGAAAAUAUGCAAAGUGUAACAAAUAUAAAUUGUUUAACAAAUGUAACCAAUAAAGUAUCAACGAGCACACAUAAAGAAAGAUCUCCUAAAGAGACGGCGAAAAAAAAAGAAUUAAACAAGAAAAAUAUGAAACUAAUGAUGGAAGACAAUACCGUGAAUAAAUCAGUCGAAACAAUAAAAAAAGAAAAUAUGCAAAAUGUAACCAAUAAAGUAUUAACGAGCACACCUAAAAAAAGAUCUGCAGAGUCGGCAAAAGAAAAAGAAUUAAGCAAGAAAAAUAUGAAACUAAUGACAGAAGCCGAUACCGUUAACAAAUCAGUUGGAACAAUAAAAAAAGAAAACAUACAAAAUGUAACAAAUAUCAGUUGUUUAACAACUGUUACCAAUAAAGCAUCAACGAGCACAUCUAAAGAAAUAUCUCCUGAAGAGACGGUUGAAUUUGAAUCAGAAAAUGUCAAAGAGAGCAGUAAAAUACUGGAGAAACAUGAAUAUUACAAAAAAUAUGAUAACACAAAAGUGAUCGAUACAGAUGAAAUGAAUUUGACCUUACAGGAAAUAGAAAAAUAUUUCAACAGCAAUGAAGAUCUCGAUGAAUCAAUAAACAAAACAGAAUUUACCAAUAAAUUAAGGGAGUGGAAUAUAAACGUGGAGAAAAUCACACGAAUUAAAGAAAGUUUGCGGUUAGAAAAAGAACAGACCGAUGAAAAAAAACAGUGUAAGAGGAGCAAACAGAUAGCAAAAGCUCUUAAAGAACUUAGUCAGCAUAUGGCAGCCGUCAUGAAGAAGAUACACGCAGUCAACAUAAAAUCUGAAGACAAUGAAUCGGAUUUUAGCGACAACUUAUCAUGUACCUCAUCGUGCACAUCAGACUCAUCAUACUCAUCAACUUCUACUUCAUCAACUUCUACUACUUUAUCGACUUCAACUUCAACUUCUACGACUUCAAUUAGUAUCUCCUUUUCUGAUUCCGACGAUGACUAUUCCGAUCAAUCUAGAAACUUUCGUUAUUUUUGUUCUGUAUACACGGAAGAAGACUUGGAACAGUAUAAUUCAUGUACAGAUUCCUGCUGCUAAUUCAGAUUCAGAAAAAAGAACAAAAAUACGAACAUUAGAAAGGAUUAAAAUGGGUUAAAUUCUGACAAAACUUAAAUUAAUGAUAUAGUUUACAUGAAAGCAUACAAAAUUAAAAUCGCACAAAAAAAUUAACUUUUUAUAAAA